AUGAUGAAAAACCUCUCAUCCAAAAUUAUAGCAAGUUUGCUCUUGUUGAGUUUGGUUGUUCUCUUUACAUUUGUUUCAUCAACAAAUGCCAAGAAGAGCGAAUCAUCCUUGUCAACUCAACUCGCCUCUGCUUUUAAACUUGAAAAGAAGCAAAGAAAGAAGACAAGAACAUCAAAGAGAAGACCAGUUAGUAAACGUCUUUUGAAGAAGAGACGUCAACUCUGUCGUAGAAUUAGACUUGUCAAGAAGCAAAUUAAAAAACUCACAUUCAAGAUUGCUAAAGCCUCUGAUAGAGCCAUGACCAAGAUUGUUAGAAAGAUCAAGGUUAGAAAACUCUUGCUCCGUGCUUUGAGAAGAAAGCUCAGAUCACUCAAGAGAAAGAUUCAAAGAAAGCAAAGAAAGGUCAAGAAAUCUCAAAAGAAGAAUCGUCGUUUGACUUCUACCUUGAGAAAGCUCAAGAGAAAGGUCCUUAGAUUGGCCAGAAAGCAACAACAAAAGAGAAGAUCACCAAGAAGAAGACCAAGAAUUAUCAUCCUUGCAUUCAAUCGUGCUCAAUUCUUCAACAAAUUGGUGAGAAAUAGCAAACAUCGUUUCUAUGGAAAGAGAGGAUUCAGAAAGUAUGCUCGUUUGUUGAGUUUACUCAAAUUGGUCAGAGCUAAGAAGGCUGCUUUGACAAAGAAGAGAAACUUCUACGCAAAGAAGGAAAAGAGAAUUGUCUCCUUGUUGAGAAAAUUAAAACAAAGAUGGUCUGUUGGAAGAAGUAGAAGAUCAUCAAAGAGAACCAAGAUUACAAGAAUUGUCUUGAGAAAUGUUGACUCAAAGAAGAAGGUUAAACUCGUCAUUCCAAAGAGAUUGAAGAAGAAGGUUAAGAAGAUUGUUGUUUAUAGUGUUAAACAAUAAAUAUUUAAUUUGAAUUUCCUU